UUGGAUUGUUGAAAAAAUAUGAAACAGUAUAAUGUGUAACCAUAUAAUUUGUUGUUCUAGAAAGAUUUGAUGUUCUUGUUUUGUUUUGUUAACUAAAGAUUACUUGUUUGAAUUGAGGAUAAAAGGGGCAGAUAUUAUAAGAUUUUUAAUUUAUUCUCUCUGCUUCCUUUUGUUUAUUUGUAUUUUUUAUUUUUAUUGUAUAUAAUUUUAUUUUUUUUAAUGAAUUGAACAAUAACAAUAAAAAGCUAUCUUUCACAAGACAGGUCUGCAAAAUCGCAGCACAGACCAGUCCGGCCUUAAGCUCCCUCAGCUGGCCAGGUCCCACUCACAUGUGCACAUUCAGAAAUGAGCCCAGCAGCACAGAACCAAAAGAGGCGUGGAGCAGAUCUCAGCUCGGCUGAAAUGGACCGCGAUGUUUUGGUCUUAUAAAGCUGGACCUGAAGACCAAAUCUCACAGUGGAGUGAUGGAGUUCAACACAACUGGCUCUAGUAACAUUGAUACAGGGAAGGCUUCUGGUAAUCUGGAGACCAAAUACAAGAUGCAGGAGCAUGGUCUGAGUGUCAGUCAGAAGUGGAAUACAGACAACACUCUGACUACUGAGGUCACUGUGGAGGACCAGCUCGCUCAGGGACUGAAAGUUGGAUUGGAUACGUCUUUUGUACCAAAUACAGGUAAGAAAAGUGGCAAGCUGAAAACGGGUUACAAGCGUGACCAUGUGAACCUGGGCUGUGAUGUGGACUUUGAGGGGCCCAUCAUCCAGGCUGCUGCAGUACUGGGCUACGAAGGCUGGCUUGCCGGCUACCAGAUGGCGUUUGAUACAGCUAAAUCUAAAAUGGCUCAGAACAACUUUGCUCUCGGCUACAGAACUGCAGACUUCCAACUUCACACAAACGUGAAUGAUGGAACUGAGUUUGGUGGCUCUAUCUACCAAAAAGUGAAUGACGAGCUGGAGACGGCGGUUACUCUGGCCUGGACUGCCGGCAGCAACAACACCCGCUUUGGCAUCGCCACCAAAUACAAGCUAGACAAAGACUCCUCUCUAUCUGCCAAAGUGAACAAUGCCAGUUUGAUAGGAAUAGGCUACACUCAAUGCCUCCGAACAGGUGUCAAAGUAACCCUCUCAGCCCUCAUUGAUUGGAAGAACUUCAAUGCUGGUGGACACAAAGUGGGAAUGAGCUUUGAGCUGGAGGCUUAAUGAAGAGCCUCCACCAUCAGCACCACCAUUUAUGUAGCUUCUCCUCUCUGGACACUUCCCCUCCCCCAGUCGCACUUCUGAUACACAUUUCUGACAAUAACUGUUGAGUUUGAAAUUAUGAGGUGGACCCUAAAACUGGUGGUGCGUGAUUUUUAUGACUGAAGUCUCAUUAUUUAUUUCCUUGUAGGUCUUGGAUGAUGUUCUUAGUGUAAAUGUGUAACGUUACAGCUGUUGUACCUUAAAGCAUGUGAGAAAGAAAACAUGGAUGCAGAGCUUAAAGCCUGUUGCUUGGUUAAAAAGGGUGCAGUGUCUGUUUACAUUUUUAUUUCUAUUAAUUUGACAUUGGAUACUUCACUGAAACAGUCUAUUUUCACAUUAAAACAUGGUUCUUGUAAGAAUCUUCA